GCUGGGGUUUGAGGCUGAGCCGGUGACGUCAGCGUGGAAUGCGGAGUCAGGCGCCCAGGCUCGCUAUAAGCCGGGGAGCUGUCCGGUGCUGAAACUGCCGGAGCCCUCACCCAGUGGCAGAGAGGAGCCUGCUUGGAGCCUUCCACACCAUAUAAGACAGAGGAAAUCUUUAAGACAUGGCUGAAGCUAAGACCCACCAAUUUGGAGCAGUUCUGCUUCUUAUACACUUAAUUUUCCUCAUCUCUGGAUCCAAAGCAGCUUCCUUCCAGAGAAACCAGCUGCUUCAGAAAGAACCAGACCUCAGAUUGGAGAAUGUCCAAAAAUUUCCUAGUCCUGAAAUGAUCAAGGCUUUGGAGUACAUAGAAAAGCUCAAGCAGCAGGCUCACAGAGAAGAAAACAGCCCAGACUACAAUCCAUACCAAGGCAUCUCUAUUCCCCUUCAACUCAAAGAAAACGGAGAAGAAAGUCACUUGGUGGAGAGCUCAAGGGAUGGUCUGAGUGAAGACGAGUGGAUGAGGAUAAUACUUGAGGCUUUGAGGCAGGCUGAAAAUGAGCCUCCAUCUGCUCCUAAGGAGAACAAGCCCUAUGCCUUGAAUCUGGAGAAGAACUUCCCUGUGGACACGGCUGAUGACUAUGAGACUCCACAGUGGCCAGAGAGGAAACUCAAGCACAUGAGGUUCCCUCUCAUGUAUGAAGAGAAUUCCAGAGAAAACCCCUUUAAACGUACAAAUGAAAUAGUAGAAGAACAAUACACACCCCAAAGUCUUGCUACGCUCGAGUCUGUGUUCCAAGAACUGGGGAAACUGACUGGGCCAAGCAACCAGAAGAGAGAGAAGGUGGAUGAAGAUCAAAAGCUCUACACGGAUGAUGAAGAUGACAUGUAUAAGACCAACAACAUUGCCUACGAAGAUGUGGUCGGGGGAGAAGACUGGAGCCCCAUAGAGGAGAAAAUAGAGACUCAGACUCAGGAAGAGGUGAGAGACAGCAAAGAGAACAUGGAAAAAAAUGAACAAAUCAACGAAGAAGUGAAACGUUCAGGGCAGUUGGGGCUCCAGGAUGAAGAUAACCGGAAAGAGGGUAAGGACCAACUCUCAGAAGAUGCCUCCAAAGUCAUCACCUACUUGAGAAGGUUAGUGAAUGCUGUGGACAGUGGGAGGUCACAGAAUGGGCAAAAUGGGGAAAGGGCAGCCAGGCUUCUUGAGAAAUCACUUGAUUCUCAGCCUAUUUAUCAGCUGAUUGAAAUUUCCAGGAAUUUGCAGAUACCCCCUGAAGACUUAAUUGAGAUGCUCAAAGCUGGAGAGAAGCUAAAUGGGUUGGUGGAGCCAGAUCAGGAUCUGGAGCUUCCUGUUGAUCUGGAUGACAUCCCAGAGGCUGACAUUGACCGUCCAGACAUGUUUCAAAGUAAGAUGCUCUCCAAGGGUGGGUAUCCCAAGGCACCUGGUCGUGCUGUGAUAGAGGCCUUGCCUGAAGGGCUCAGUGUUGAGGACAUUUUAAAUCUUUUAGGGAUGGAGAAUGCAGCAAACCAGAAGCCCCCGUAUUACCCUAAUCAAUAUAGCCGAGACAAGGCUCUACUGAGGCUUCCCUAUGGUCCUGGGAUAUCUAGAGCCAGCCAAAUUCCCAAAGCAGCCUGGAUCCCAGAUGUUGAAAGCCGACAAGCACCUUAUGAAAAUAUGAAUGAUAAGGACCAAGAACUGGGAGAGUACUUGGCCAGGAUUCUGGUUAAGUACCCUGAGCUCAUGAAUACCAACCAGCUGAAGAGAAUGACUGGCCAAGGCUCCUCGGAAGAUGACCUCCAAGAAGAAGAGCAACUUGAACAGGCCAUCAAGGAACAUCUGGGUCAAGGAGGCUCCCAGGAAACUGAGAAACUGGCCACGGUGAGCAAAAGGCUGCCUGUGGGAUCCCUGAAGAUUGAUGACACCUCAAACAGACAGUACUUGGAUGAAGAUAUGCUCAUGAAAGUGCUGGAGUACCUCAACCAAGAAAAGGCAGAGCAGGGAAGGGAGCAUCUUGCCAAGAGGGCCAUGGAAAACAUGUAAACAGCUUUAACUAUUGCCCAAAUUUCCUCCUUUUCCCCAAGUGAACCAACCCCUAUAUUUCUCCUAAGUGUGUUGACCUCUAUCCUGUUAACACUGUAAUCUCUUUUAGUGAUGUACAGGCAGAUGACUCCUGGUCAUUUUGGGGAUCUGCCUCACUUAUUCUGAGCUGUUAUCUUGUGUAUGGAUAUGUGUAAAUGUUAUGAUUCCCAGAUU